AUGAUUUCGUCAGGAAUCACUAUACCUCGACGCACUAUUCUAUUGGCUACUUUUUUAUCGAUCAUAUGGUUUACUUACCAAUACAAUGCAAACGUAGGAGAAUACAGCCCCGUUAGCCCAGUUUCUAACGAGUUUACAUUCUCCACCAGCAUCGCUCCCGUAGUCAUAGAUUCAAGUCCAACCAGUCAUGAUCCAAAAAACACAACUUGGCAAGAAACCUGGACAGCCCUUGGAAUAUUCAGAGGCCCCCCGCUCUCGAUUUCGACGCUCGACGUUGUAUAUAGUUGGGUAAAUGGUAGCGAUCCAAGACAUCUAGAUCUCAUGGCCAAAUAUUCAACAUGGCGAAGAACCUCGUCCAAGGAAGCCAAACAUUAUCGUGACUAUGAUGAACUACGAUAUUCGGUUCGUUCUGUAGAGAGCAUGUUUGGAAAAUAUGUUGGUAAUAUAGUCGUUGUGAGUGCUGAUUAUGAGCAAGGCGAUCACCGUGAAGGACAGGUUCCUCAAUGGUUGAACACGACCUGGAAAAGCAAAGAGACGGGAAAGAAUAGGGUACAAAUGGUACAUCAUAGUCAAGUGUUUGUCGGCAAGAAUGAUUUGCUCCCUACGUUUAAUUCCUUGGCAAUUGAAUCUCAGAUUGUCAAUAUAAAUGGUCUAUCUGAGCAGUUUCUUUACUUUAACGAUGAUCUCUUCCUUGGAGCACCAUUGUUGCCCACAGACUUUUACACCCCACUCUUUGGCUUUGUCUUCCAUACGGAACAACAUUUAACUGUGGCACCAUUUCCACGGAAAUGGGGUGGCAAAGAUCCCGGUGAAUGGUUCGCUUUGGAGCAUACCAAUUACCUAUUGAGUCAAAGAUUCGGCAGACGUAAUCGUGUAUACGUCUCCCAUUCCACACACAUUCUUUCUCCAUCGAUCCUCCGCGAGAUCGUCUCGCAAUGGAAGGAUGAAUUCGACGCCACUGCAUCUCACAGAUUCCGUGGCGAAGCACCAGAAAUUCAUACUACAUUCAUGUUUACGCACUAUAUCAUAGAGAAACACAGAGAAUCCCUGUUGAAAGCGUUUUUCUUUUACAAGAUGGAUGUCAACCACGACAACAGCUACAGUUGGUCCGAGCGCUCUGCUAUUCUGGAUUAUCUAAAAGACGGUCGCGCUCCCGGAGCAAAACGCAAAACAAUAUCAUCUUACAAGUCUGUCAUUGCCGAGGCAUCUUUACCACAACCCCGAAAUACAACGUACGUUUGGUCGGCGUCUGAUGGAUUUCCUUAUCAGAUAAAGUCCCCAGCAUCUUCUCGUCCCGAAUUCUAUGAUCCGGAAAAGGUGAAACCCGAGGCGAGAGUUUGCGAAAUAUCUCUAGAGUAUUGUUUUGGGAGAGAUUUCAUGAAACGAAAAGUGAAGAAUGUCAGUGUCGAAAAUGUGUUCAUGAGUGUCGCGUACGAGAAGCUAGAGUGUGGAGAUUGCAUCAUACAUAUGCUAGUUGGGUUAUCGGGUAAGAAAGGAGUCAAAGCAUUCCUUCCCAAGGGUAACGUUGAAAUGGACACUGAUUAUAUUGAAUGGGUGGAUAAUCUGGGAUGGAAGGCGAAAAAAUCUAAAAGAGAUGUGAACGGCACAGUAGAGAAAGAGGAACCUAGUAAAGCUACAACAGAACAUGACUUGGGACAAAAGUCUGCGGAAAACAACUUGACGGAUUAUGACUCGCAGGAAUCUUCCAAACUCGAGGAAAGCAAACCGGCAGGAGAUGACUCACAGGGAUCUUUGGAAAAUAAUUCGACGGGACAUGACGACACACAGGAAUCUUCUGGAUCCACGGAAACCAACUCAACCCAAGAUGCAGGCAACGGUAGCGAUCAUGAAGAGAAGUGUGACCGACUUUUUGAAAGCGUAUUUCCCAAAUACACUGCCAUAUGA